AUGCCAGGAGAGGACGCAUUGAUGGAGUUGCUCAACACAACGCCAUCGGACUCAAAUUCUACUGUGGGGUUGGAUUUCAGCUUCGCCUCUCCAAUGCCUGAUAAUGCACUUCCUGCUUCGCCGGAUGGGCCCGGAACACGCCCAAAGGAUUGUCACAAACACUCCAGAUCCGAGACAACAAGUCCCCCAAAUUACGACACGCUUUUUAGCUUCAACAACGAUGACAACAGUUCAAAGCCUGCCGUUGACGUGACGGAAAAAACAACAAACUCAACAAACGCAAUCGAUGAGAUUAUCCAUGUUGACUUUGCGGCGUCUAACCUUUACGGUCUUCCUAAUUAUAUUGCUCGCGAUAACAAAGAGUCUCGCGGCGCUAAGAUGGUCAAAAUUGUCAACGGUCUUAAGACAGCACUCUGUGGAUAUCGAGCAAUGCCCCCUAGCAAGAAUGCGCUUGACGUAUCAAGGCGGUUCCUUGAAAAUGAUGUCACUGUAUCACUUUACUGCGAUGCUUGCUUCAAAGAUUGCUGCCCCUUCUUGACUAGAGAGGUUGUUGAUCAAACUAUUCAAAAGUCACGCGAGCCUAACCCUGAUCCACUGGCCAUAGCAUUUACUGAAUCUAUCGUGUCAAUUGGGUAUUACGCUAUGUGUCAGCGAAGUCGAGAUGAUCUUACUACCGAGGAAGUCCGUGACGCUCCUAAUCGACUUGCAUCAGCGUUAGUGCUCUAUAAAACUAUUCAAAUCUGCCCAAGCAGUCUCUUGAAACUUCAAGCCGUCAUAUCAUGCAUAUAUGAUGAGUCUCUUGUAUGGGAGAAAAUCACAGGAGCAGUAUGUUGUGCACGAGACCUGCGUCUUGUCCAUGCAGCAAGAGGCCAGCAGUCAAACAUGAGCGAACAAGAACAAGACCUAGCACAGAAGAGCGUUUGGUUCCUAUAUAGCCUUGAAACUGAAUAUGCUAUCCAUCACGGUAUGCUUCCUAUCCUUGAUUUAGGAUGGGGAAGCAGGUUUCCGUCUUUCGACUGCGGAGAUGACAUGAUCGCCGUUUCAUACACUUUUUCAGAACUAUUGCAUUCUAUCCUCAAAUUUCAGUACAGUCCUCGCGCAUUGAACAGAUCUACCUCAGCAUUUGAUCGACGCGAUCGUCUUCAAGCCAGUUGCCACGUACUUAAUGAGUGGGUCAACGGGCUUCCAGCGCCACUGAAUGAAGCGCAUAACGCCAAAACACUCCAAGGAAUCCAAGAUGAUAAACAGCUUAGAAAUGCUCUCAGAGUCUUCUGUAUGUACCAUAAGGCAGUGUUCUUCAUUCAUUGCCCCUGGUUUGCACCAUUUGCGGCGGAUGAUGGGGAUGUAUCAGGUGUUGCUGCUCAGAUGCGAGACCGAUGCAUGGACCGAUCUGCUGAAUCGGCUUUUGCCGUUGUGAAGCUUGCAAAUAGCGGUCUUUUCUGGGAAAAGGGAUUGGAAAGGGACAUUGGGUCAUCGAGCGCACGGUGGGGGGACAUGGGCCAUUUGCUCGUAGUGUCACUUUGCUUUAUUGUCUACUAUCUCGUCAAUGGUGAAAUGAGAAACCUUAAGGCAGCCAUGCCAUAUCUUGCAUUUUGCGGAGGUCUUUUUGGCAGAUUAAGUUUAGAAAACGACGAGGCAUCAUUGUUGGAUCAAUACCUGGAGUUAGUCCAGGUGAUCAGAUCAACAUAG